UAUGAUCAGCAAGAAAAGGUAGAGGGGUCGAUGUUUAUCUCUGCUGAGAAGGAGUGUUUACUCCUCAAGUGAGAGAUGGGGUGCUGAACUGAGGAGGCGUAGGAGCUGGAGAGAGGUGGUCAGGUGGUAGGAGGUGGGGAGAUGAUUGUGGAAGGCUGUCUUUAUUAGGAGCUGUGGUCGAGCUGACAGACUGACUGACGAGUGGGCAUUGCUGUCAGCCAUGGCAUCUGUGGACAUUUGAUGGAGGCGACAUGCUGCCAGGCAUCCCUCUCUAAUAUCGCUCUCAUCUUUUCAUCAGAUGACCCGUGCGAUCUGAAAGCAGAGUGCAGCCCCACCAUGGACAACGAGAUAACGGCGAAGGAGAGAGGCGUUCUGGAGGAGAACAACGAGAAGGAGGAGAUGGACCAGGAGAGAGCUCAGGAGGAGGAAGGGGAGGAGGAGAAGAAGCUGAAGGAGGAGGAAGCCGAAGGGGAGGAGAAGAGGAAGAAGGAGCAGGAGCCCCUGACGGAGGAGCAGGAGCUGGAGGAGCUGAGGGCCCAGGUGCUGCAGCUGCUGCUGGAGCUGGACGACGCCAGAGAGACCUCCAACAAACACCAGGAGAGCUUCCACGAGCUGCAAGGUCUGCUGGAGGAUGAGCGUCUAGCCAGUGCCCAUCAGGCUGAAGCCUUCACACGGCAGAUCCAGAAUCUACAAGCCCAGCUGCGUUCUGUGCAGGAGGAGAUGGACAGCCUGGAGGAGGAGAAGGAGAGCGAGCUGGCGGAGGCCCAGGAGGAGCUGCGCGUCGCCCAGGAGGAGGUGCUCCUGCUCCAGCAGGCGGCAGAGGAGGCGGCGGCAGAGAGGGAGAACGACAUCGCAUCCCUGCAGGAGGAGCUGUGUCGCCGGCGGGCCGAGCUGCAGCGCCUCAGCGAUGAGACCCAGGAGUACGAGCUGGAGAUCACCACUCUGAGAGCCGAGAUCAGCAUGAAGAGCCAGCGCAGGGAGGUGGAGAGGAGAGAGGGUGACGUGGACCUGCUGAAGGAGGAGUGCCGUAUGCUGAGGGAGGAGUGUCAGACCCUGAAGGAGGACAACAGACGUCUCUCUGAGAGGCUGCAGCUGCUGCAGAGACAGAGGACAUGCUCCAGUGUCUACCUGUCACUGAAAGAAGAGGACGGAGGGGAGGGAACAGAGGGGAAGGAGAUGGAGACCGGCUCGGAUGAGGUCAUGACAGAGAGCUACAUGACCAUGGCUCAGUCUGGGAACUGUCGCCUGGUGGACGCCUCCAUCCAGAAGAAUAUCUCAUUUGAUGGGAAGCCAAUGACCCCAACCAGCUGGAACGGAGGCAUGGGUGAGAUCUUCUCCCUGAGGGACCAGCUCAAACAGGCAGAGGAGAAGGCCUCACAGGUUCAGAGAGAGUGUGACGGGCUGAAGAUGGAGCUGCAGGAGCUGCAGGUACUGUAUGACAGCAGUCAGAGGGAGAGAGCGGAGCUGGAGGAGGAGCUGCUGCGCUGCAAGGCAGAGCUGGAGAAGCUGUCAGGGGGGGCUCAGAUAUUCAUCCAUCCGUCUGAGCACCCUGUUCUCUCCAUCCCCUUCAUAGGAAUGAUUGUAAUAUUGGCUGUGAUCUGGUGCUGGUUGUCGGAGCUGGCGUCCCAGAGGGCAAGGGGAGUGAGGUAGGUUGGAACUCCAUUUUGACUAUCACUGCAGCCACAGCAGUGUUACUAAUGAUGACUAGCUUGUUGAGAGCUCUCGUCCGAUGUUGAUUGGAUGGGCAACAACCGCACAGGGACAGACGUCUGCUUCAGACCAGCCCUCGUUCUCUCCUGCCAUGUCUAUAGACCGAACUGGAAUUCUCUAAAUGUGAUAGAGCUGACAGCUGUGUAGUGGAAAAUGUAUGCUAAUGAGGAAGGUACUUCAUGCACUGAGAGCGGCGCGCUCGGUCUCAUCUGAGAUUGAGGAUGAGGAUGAGUUGACCUGCAGAGAGCCCACAUGAGGACUGAUCUCACUCCACUAUAUGUAUGCUAGUGUUGUGUCACUCCUCCUCUGUGUCUGUGAAUAUUAUUUUUCUCUCGUUUAGCUAACAAUGUGAUAAAAAUGAAGGUUUUGAUUAAUUGUGCACCAAAUGGCUUUCAGUUUAUUUAACCAUUAUUUAUUUGUUUGUUUAAAUAUUGUUCAUAGUUGUCUCUGAAAAUAAUGACCAACAUGGAGUGUGAACAUUUAAUGCACUGAAGGCAAUGCAGUUUGCAUUUGUUUCUUAGUAAGUUGACUUUUAAUUAUUUGUUGCUUCCCCUUGAUUAGACCUCGGGAAAAACAGGGAUAAAAGUAUGACCUUUUAGUAUUUCCCUCUUUGCACAGAGAUGCAUUUUUAGAGUAGCCUAACCAUAUUUUAUUGUGAAUAACAAACAUGUCCUCUACCAGUACCAUCCUUUUUUUUUUUUACAUCUUUGAUGAAUGAGUCAGACGCAAUCAGACCAAGAAUUCACGUUGCACAUUGCUACUCUGCCCCUCUCUGCCAGGACGAAGGAAACUGUAACUGUAAAUCAACCACAUAACAAUUACCUAAUAUUUCUGGCAUAUACAGCUCUUUAAUUCCUCAGUAAGUCCUCCAAACAAGUGACCCUGUUCCUCCCAAACCAAUUUAUCAUGAUUAAUGUCGCCAUAGUAUGAAAUUUGUCCAAUGCGUCGAAUUUAUCGUAGUGAAUAAUCACUAUUUUCUCUUAUAAAUAACAGUGGGUCAGCAUAAGAUGUUUAAACCAUCACAAAUCCUCACCCAUCACGUGCACUCAAAACUCAAAAUCAUGUGUGUUCCUCGCUUUUUCAUUUAGUACAUUUGCAUGCACAGGUAUGUCGAGCUACGGUUAUAGCUUGACUGGGCCAUUUAAUUGGUCUACUGUUCUCGUCCCAGUAGUCCCAGUAUAUAAGCACGGGAGGGGUAUAGAUUUAUUUACCAAGGAAGGUAUGUCCGACUUCUCUAUAGUAGGUGGUGUUAUGUCCCCUUUCAGCUUGUUAGUGUCAGACCUUUUUCCAGUUGACCAAUUAGGUCACAGAUCAAACAAUCAAAAAACGGUAGUUUGGGUCCGAUUAAGUGUAUACAUGCAGGAGUAAUUCGACUCCCAAUCGCACGAUCGAAAUUUGAUUUAGUACGACAAGAUAGAUCGAUAGACAGGUACUUUAUUAAUCAAAACAGGGAUCCGAGGGGAAAUUAAGGAAUAUUUUAGUCUGACUAACACAAUUAAUCAGUUUUCUCUAAUGUCAUGUAAACGUACUGAUAAAGGGGCUGUACACAUGCUGCGUUUUCUGUGCUCUGAAAUUCAUUGUUUUCAAUGUAGACGCAUGGCAGGUGCACUCAAAUGCCAGAGCAAUGCCAGAACAGUGCGCAUGCAUUCCCAACAGCCUAUUUUUCAGGCCACGACGGCUGCACCCCGAGAUAAACAGUUCAACUUUUGGAACAUGUGCAAAGGACCAACCAAUCCCAGCUGACCGAUAUCUUUCCCCUUUUCCGUAAAUAUCAGUCUGAUAAAUAUGGAAAACUUGAUCAUUAAGUGCAGAGCUGCCAGAGCUUUACAUUUGUCCCACGGACGAUACGCCCUCACACUUAUAAAGGUAAAUAGUCUACGAUACAGUACUCGUUGAGGUUGCUUAUCAACCUCAGGAGCAACCUGCCGCCACGCUCUUGAAAGCUGGCUCAAAAAAGGCACAAAAGUAGGGCCCAGCACACGACCUUUCGGUUCCAAGCGGUUAAAGACGCAGCAUUUGUACGGCCCCUAACAGCAAGGACAGUCUACACAAACCGACCAGUAACGCCAUGUUACUUUCAUCCCUCACCUUUCUCCGUCAACUUGACCCUGGCUAGCACCAAAGAUAGGCUAGCAUGAUAAACCUUCACUGACGGUUAUAGAUAGGACUAACAGAUGAUAUAGAUUUACUGUCUUCAACAAAUAAAAAUUGCCUUAGUUUUUACUUAAUGAGUGAAAAAUCAGUUUUAAUACUGUCACUCAGCCAGAACUGAUUGGAUUGGACUGGUUUUUGGCUGCUUACUCAAUAGCAGGGUGUACUUCCUGUGCACUAGUUCCUGACUUUUGUAUUACAAGAGAAAAGGUCUUUGUAGCAGCGGCCUCCCUGAUGCUUUGCUUUUGUCCCUGUUCUCCCCUGCUACAAUUAAAUUCUACAUACUGCACAACUGGAUUAAAUUACAUAAAAAUGAAUGAAUUAACAUCAUUGUACCAUCACCAACUAUCCUGCCACUGUAUUUCCGCCCCGCACAGCUUUUGGAACAUCAAAUUGAUUUCUUUACAUUGUAAACACCAAUGAUAUGCUAUUAUUAACUAAACACCUGUCAAUCCCCCCCCCCGUGGGUGGAUCUAGCUCUUCUUCACAGUGUCGUUCGGUUCUGUGCUUUGCUCCAGACUCUGUCACUUCCUCCUGCCUCUCAUCCGUCUUGUGUCUGACUCUGAAAUCAAACGACUCCCACCUUCCUCUUUAAUUAUCAGUUAACCAAGAUGCCGGAAAAUCAGCACAGUACUUCUGAUUCAUCCUACCUGCCCACAGCUCACUUUGAAAAUCUGAAAUCUAAACACCCGCAGCUGCAUUCUUACACUUAACAAUAUGGUUUGCUGUAGUUGUGUUAUGUGCUUGUGAAGGUAGCUCAGCAACUUUGGGAACAAAUUGUAGGAUAAUUGAGGUCUAAUCUGUUUUUUAACAUUUAAAUGUGGGGAAAUAAACGUUUGUUCCUCUCUUGCAGGAUUUUAAUGGCUAGUGUAUCUUUAGAUUUACGGUGAUCGCAGGUUGUUUCAGGUACGCAGUGUGAGAAUGUUGACUGCCAGCGUUCCCUUGUUUACUGACAACACUCUUCAUGUGACAAACUGCAGAUCUGAUAAACACCAUUUGACAUCUGGUCACACUUUGAUUAAACCACUGAUCAGUCUUAAGUGAAAGAUCAGAGUUGUGUGAAAUCGAUAUGGAUCCAAAACAUGUAAAUAGGAAGCUGUCAGAAAAAGUUUGUUUAAGCAUUAAUUACAAAAAAUGUCUGUAUAUGUGGAAGGACUCUGAUUAUUGUUUACAUUUGUGAGACGUUUUUUUGUGAAGAAAAGCAUGCUAGAAAAACACAUAGAAGCACAAUAUAUAAGUUAUGUUGAUUCUUUGUAUUUCAUGUAAAUAGCUCCGACACAAAGUACUAUGGGAGAGAAAUUUCUUAAAUCCAUUUGUACUAGCUUUGUAGAAAGUUUAUCUAUUUUGAAAGAGCAUCGUAUAUUUGAUAGCCAAAUUAUAUGCCGUGUAAAUGUUUAUUUAUGGUGAUGUUAUUCAGAAGGAACUGCUAGCAUCGCUGAUCAUUCCCAGUACCUCUUUGGCGCAGUCAUCGCAUGCAUUCAGACUGCAUUUGACCUUAGUUGCUAGAUAGAGCAAUAUGACUCAUUAAUUUUCAGAGAUGUAUUCAAAUCUUCUUUCUGAAACAUUUGUCAUUAAACAGGACCUUGAUAAGCAACGUCUGACUGAUGUUAUUUCUGCAUUUGUAAACACAAAGAGGGACGUGAUGUGCCACUGGACUGCAAAUGUCUGUUUUAAAUCUGAUCUGGUUGCAAUAGAAAUUAAAUCCCUGUUGACUGCAAUGGUACACAUGAAUGUCGUCUCAUUCAGAUCAUUAUCUUUUAUUAUUUCCUGAAUAUUUACUUCAUCACAGCUCCACAAGCUUCUCUAUUGCACUGUUGUUCUCAGCUUGUUGCUUUACAUAUUGACAGCAUUGUUGUUUUCGAUAUAGUUGUGGCUAUUUUGUUACCUGGAGGUCUAUUUUGUACUGUAAAUGACUUGAGAAAAUAAAUAUACCCACCCCA